UCGCUCCCGCCGUCAUAGAGCAGCUCUGCUCCCGUCAGAUCCACGGAGCUGCUCGGACUCGGAGCGGCUCGUCCGACAACUUUCAGCGUGAAAACAGUCCGAAUUCAGUCCCAGGCUCGCUCCGCCGCUUCAGCUGCGGUUCCGCCGGCCCAAACAGUCCGGACCUUUGCUGUGAAGUGGGUGUCCGACCCGUCCCCGCUGGCUUUGUUCUGACCGGAUGGGAGUGGAGAGCCCACCUUUGGGAGGUAGUUGUUCCGAGUUGGACCCUGCAGCUCUGUUUGUAUGCUGAGUGAAACCGGUAAAGAGGAAGUGCAGAUCUGCGGCGUUUCAUGCUGGUUCCCUGCAGCUGCUCUCAGUCCGAUCCAGACCCGGCUUGACCUGAACCUCUGAGCCGGACCUGCCCUUCCACUCACAGGAAGAUGGUUUCAGCUGCAGCCAACGGGGAUUCACAGGAAUGACGGGACGCAGGGCUCUUGGCUGAGAGGCUGUGGCUUUGUUUCUUUGCGCCUUUACUCACAGCAGAGGAUGUCGGCUGACAGCAGCCCCCCUCCUUCCCUGGCCUCACCAAGGUCCUUCCCAUCCUUGUCCCAGCACCCAGCCCCAUCUCUGACGUCGCCGUCCCCUAGUCCGCCCGCCACCAUCAGCAGCCGGCUGUCUAACGGCAGUCAGACGGCGCCUAGCCCCACAAACUCCCGGGGGUCUUUGCACGGCAUCUCCUUCCUGCUUCAAAUCGGCCUCACCAGAGAGACGGUCACCCUGGAGUCUGGAGACCUGUCUCUGUCUGCUGUCCGUGAGCUGGUCUGCUCCGUCGUGGAUCAGAAGUUCCCUGAAUGUGGAUUUUUUGGGAUGUACGACAAGAUCAUGCUGUUCCGCCAUGACCUGGGCUCAGACAACAUUCUGCAGCGCCUGACCUCAGCGGAUGAGAUCCAGGAGGGGGAUCUGAUCGAGGCGGUGCUCUCUGCUCUUGCCAAACAGGAGGACUUCCAGAUCCGACCUCAUGCCCUCUACGUCCACUCCUACAAAGCCCCGGCCUUCUGCGAUGACUGCGGGGAGAUGCUGUGGGGGCUGGUCAGGCAGGGCCUGAAGUGUGAAGGAUGUGGACUCAACUACCACAAACGCUGCGCCUUCAAGAUCCCCAACAAUUGCAGUGGAAUGAGGAAGAGGCGUCCAUCCAACGUGUCCCUGCCGGGCUCCAUCAUGAGCGUGUCUCGCCCGCCUUCUGCUGAUCUCUCCCCGAUGCCACAGGAAGAGCGCCCCCUCAUGGGUGCAGGGAAGCGUAACUCACUGAUGAGUGGGCGUCCAAUCUGGAUGGAGAAGAUGGUCCUCGGUCGAGUUAAAGUUCCUCACACCUUUUCCGUUCACACCUACACCCGUCCCACCAUCUGCCAGUACUGCAAACGGCUGCUGAAAGGCCUCUUCAGGCAGGGGCUGCAGUGCAAAGAUUGUAAGUUUAACUGCCAUAAGAGAUGUGCCAGCAAAGUGCCCCGAGAUUGUCUGGGAGAGGUGGACUUUAAUGGAGAGCCGCUGAGUCCCAGUCUGGACUCCGAAGUGACAAUGGAGGUGGACAAUGACAUCAACAGUGAUGGUCAGAGCAUGGACGAACAGGAUGAGCUCUCCACCUCAGAAGACAAACUCUUCUUCAUGGAGGGUCCCUGCACUGAUACCGAGAAAGAUGAUGAAACCAUCAGAGCAAUCAGCCCGUCCACCAGCAGCAACAUCCCCCUGAUGCGGGUGGUUCAGUCCAUCAAACACACCAAGAGGAAGAGCUCCACAGUGGUGAAAGAGGGCUGGAUGGUGCAUUAUACCAGCAGGGACAACCUGAGAAAAAGACAUUACUGGAGGCUGGACAGCAAAACUCUGACUCUGUUCCAGAAUGAAAGUGGAGCCAAGUUUUACAGGGAGAUCCCUCUGUCGGAGAUCCUACGGGUGAAGCCGGCGCAGGAUCUAAGCAGUCUGCCCCCAGGCAGCAACCCCCACUGCUUCGAGCUCAUUACUGCCAACAUGGUGUACUUUGUCGGCGAAGAUAAUGGCUCCCCGCACCACUGCCCUGUGCUUGUUUCAUCCGGGGUGGGGCUCAGUGUGGGCCAGAGCUGGGAGAAAGCCAUCAGCCAGGCAAUGAUGCCAGUCACGCCCAAGGCCAGCGUUGGCGCCGGGCGGGGCCAGAGGAAUGACCACAAGGAACUCUCAGUCAGCAUAUCUGUGUCAAACUCUCAGAUUCAGGAAAAUGUUGACAUAAGUUCAGUGUACCAGAUCUUCGCGGAUGACGUCCUCGGCUCAGGGCAGUUUGGAAUCGUCUAUGGAGGUAAACACAGAAAGAGUGGCAGAGAUGUGGCAAUCAAAAUCAUUGAUAAGAUGAGAUUUCCAACCAAGCAGGAGAGUCAGCUGAGGAACGAGGUGGCAAUUCUCCAGAAACUCCACCACCCCGGCAUCGUUAAUCUGGAAUGUAUGUUUGAGACUCCAGAGCAGGUCUUCGUUGUCAUGGAAAAACUUCAUGGUGACAUGUUGGAGAUGAUUUUAUCCAGUGAGAAGAGCCGACUACCCGAGCGCCUCACCAAGUUUCUGGUCAUGCAGAUCCUGGUGGCCCUCAGACAUCUUCACUUCAAGAACAUCGUCCACUGCGACCUGAAGCCUGAGAAUGUGCUGCUGGCCUCAGCAGAGCCGUUUCCACGGGUGAAGCUCUGUGACUUUGGCUUUGCCCGCAUCAUCGGGGAGAAGUCCUUCCGCCGCUCAGUGGUCGGGACACCAGCAUACUUGGCACCAGAGGUGCUGCGCAGCAAAGGCUACAACCGCUCUCUGGACAUGUGGUCUGUUGGCGUCAUUGUUUAUGUGAGUUUGAGCGGAACCUUUCCUUUCAACGAGGACGAGGACAUCAAUGACCAGAUCCAGAAUGCAGCCUUCAUGUACCCACCAAACCCCUGGAAGGAUAUCUCUGAGGAGGCCAAAGACCUGAUCAAUAACCUGCUGCAGGUAAAAAUGAGGAAACGCUUCAGCGUGGACAAAUCCCUGAGCCACCCCUGGCUGCAGGACUACCAAACCUGGCUGGACCUCAGGGAGUUUGAGACACGGCGAGGCGAGCGCUACAUCACCCAUGAGAGCGAUGACGCCCGCUGGGAGGAAUACGCUGAUGAACGAGGCCUGCAUUACCCCAAACACUUUAUCAUGUCCCCCAACCUGGACGACAUGGAUGAGGAUCCCUAAAAGCCCCUGAGGGUCCACGAAACCGUUUCCCAUCAGCUUCCAGGAUGGUGUGAGCAGCAGGAUGACCCAUGUCCAGAUUCUUUUCAAGCAUCCACUUUUAAAUGCAGUUAGGCUCCACAGAUUUUCUGUGUAAAAGAAGUGUCUUUACUGCUAGCUAAGCUGUGGUGGAGCGGCCCAUAAAGAAUCUGAACACUUCAGAUCCUUGGUUUGAGGUCAGUCUGUAUAGCUGACUGAAUUAUCCUUGCACUUUGAGUGACCUCUGUCAGGAGCAAACGUCUGUCUUGUCGUCUGCUAAGCUGUUGCAUCCUUUUUUUUUAAUGACAGACCGCAUCCACCUCAGGCCCUGAGCCCCACCAAAAGGUUUCUGCAGGAAUAAUAAGUUCAGACAUCAACAAAAAGCAUCUGGAAUGUUUGAGGUGAAAGAUGAUGGCUCAUUUUGAAACUGACGUCAGCCGCAGCAACAGAAAUGAUGAGAAGGAAAACAUACCUGCAGCUGUGAGAAAUGUAGAGGAACCAAAAGUGAGCUGCAAACACUGAACCAAUCGAUCCAAUGAAACUCUUCCGGCCGUAGACA